GCCUCCCCGGGCCCGGCGAGGGGCGGAGGCGGGCGGCGGGGCGGGCCCGAAGCCGCCGGCAGCGGGCGGAAGAGGCGGCGGCCGCCAUGAGCCGGCUGCGGGAGGAGGACGACCCCUACGUGGUGGAGGAGCCCAGCGACGAGGAGCGGGCGCUCAGCAGCUCGGAGGAUGAGGUGGACGUGCUGCUGCACGGCACUCCCGACCAGAAGCGGAAGCUGCUGCGCGAGUGCCUGACCGGGGAGAGCGAGUCCUCCAGCGACGAUGAGUUCCAGAAGGAGAUGGAGGCCGAGCUCAACACCACCCUGAGAAACAUAGAAGGCAGAUGGAAAUCGCCAGAAACGGGUACUUCCUCCAGUACUGGGCAAACUGGACAUGCCUCCACUUCAAAAUACUACGAUGACAUUUACUUUGAUUCUGAUUCAGAAGAGGAAGAUAAAAUGGUUACACAGGAUGUCCAGAAAAAAAGAAAACAUCAGCAACGUCGGAUUCUUUCCAAUGAUGAGCUGUUAUAUGACCCAGAAGAAGACAAUCGAGACCAAGCGUGGGUUGACUUACAGAGGAGGAGUUAUCGUAAUCAAAGAAAAGGGCUGCGGCAACAACAGACAAAACCUUCAGCUGUUCCAAAUAGCGAUGCUGUUUUGAAUUGCCCUGCCUGCAUGACAACGUUAUGCCUGGACUGUCAGAGACAUGAAUCCUACAAAACGCAGUACAGAGCAAUGUUUGUAAUGAACUGCUUUGUUAACAAAGAGGAAAUUCUGAAAUACAGAAAGAAGCUAAAUAAAAGAAGCAAGAAAAUGAAGCACAGCAAAGAAGCUACCUCUGUACAGUCCAAUCAAGAAGAGGAAGAAGUGUAUCAUCCAGUGUUAUGCACUGAAUGUUCAACUGAGGUGGCAGUGAUGGAUAAAGACGAAGUUUUUCACUUCUUCAAUGUUCUAGCCAGCCACAGCUAAUACGUAACAGCAGCAAAAAAACCCCACCUGUACUGCUUAAGACAGUGUGAAGUACCAGAAAUGCAGGCAUGUUAGCAUUUUUAAAAUACGUUCUUUUUAAUGUACAUUUUAAUUAGAGAACUUUAUAGCGGUUGGGUUUUUGAUACUGUUGUUGUGUUCCUUUUUAUGAAAGGAAUAUGGUUAACUGCUUGCAUUUGAAAACAAUAUUCUUUCACACGGUCAGGUGGUUGCAUCACUGCGGAUUUAAAGUUUUGUAAAUAAAAUGUAAGAUCUAUGUAUUAUGAUCAUUCCCUGUGUAUAUACUGUCCAUUAUCUCAAUAUGUGUUAGAACUGCUGCUUAGAAUAAAGACAGUAUAAACUGGU